UCGAUUAAUUUUUCAGCUUUUCAACUUUUUAACUGUGGGGUGCUUUUUAAACUUCGCGGCUAUUGUAAGCUUGCAAAAUUUAUCAAAAAUCAUGCUGUUUAAAAAUAUGAUAGUGUAUUAUUUUCGUUCUAACUUUGAUUUCGCACCUUCAUCUUUGUGCCAGUCUGCAUUGUAGUAAUUUUAAGAAACUUCUGAACACUUGUAUCCGCUCUCAGACAUAUAAUUAUUUAUAAAUUUAGUUGUUUAUGCUUUUCUGUUUCUAGAGUUUGUUAAAAAGUACUGAGAAAGAUCAGAGUGGGCGUAUAAUUGUUGGUUACUUCUCUGGACUUUCGUUUAGUUACGCAGAAGUGAAACUAAGAAAAUAAUUAGAGAUUCAGAUAAUUUAACACCUUAAAAUAUGAUAUGGUGUCUCUGUCCCCAUUUUCUGCUGCCGUGCUGCAAUCGACUGUGUUGUUGUUCGUAUAGUAGAUGUACUUGUUGCAAGUGGAAAGAGAACACAGAACAGGUGCCAGGCAUCAACGGUGAGAGUGAAGAGGUGUCCAGAUCCACAGUCAUGCUGUUCAAAUCUGAGAAAAAGAUUUCGGAGCAGCGGAGAUCGACAAAGGCGGAGAAGAUUGAGGCUCUGCUGGAGAACACAGACUUCUCAGCCGAGGAGUUGAAGAGAUGGCACAAGAAGUUCAAGAAGGAGAAUCCCUCUGGCAAGAUUACCAAAAAAGAAAUACAAGACAUUCUAGCCUCACGCUUCCCCGACGGAGACCCGGCACAGGCGGCCGCUCGGGUCAUGCAGAUAUUCGACCGAGAUCAAAGCGGGUUCCUCGACUUCUUCGAACUUGUCACCGCUCUCUCCAUCGCCCGAAAGGGAUCCAAAGAGGACAAACUUCGCCUGGCUUUCAACAUGGUCGACACCGACAACUCCGGAACAAUCGACAUGUCGGAACUGUCUGAGCUCAUGAAAGCGCUACACAAUUUAGUCGGCCUGACAGUGUCCCGAUUUUCAACUGAGGAAGACGAUACUCCGGACUCACAUGCAGUUCGAAUGAUGGAAGUGUUUGACAAAAACAACGACAACGAAGUCACUUUUGAAGAGUUCUGUGAGGGCAUUCAAAACAAUCCAAACUUGGCCGUUUUGAUUACAAACUUUGCCAGUCCAGAAAUGAUUUGUUCCGAUUUUGUAAAAUAAUUUACUGUCUUUGAUUUUGUACACAAAAAUAGAAAGGUUUUUCAUUAAUAGGUU